GGGUUGCCGACAGCCCAGCCGCCAAGUGAUGGAUGUUCUUGGCCGCCGGUACCCGGUGGCUGAUGUCAUCGACUCGAGAUGGGUCUGUCGCAGUGAAUACGGCGGCGAUGAGUUGGGAUUGGGCCAGAGUCAGAGUGACCUGUCCAGUAAGACGAGAAUUCAGUCAGUGGUUCCCAUUGUAGGGUUCUCAGUACUGCAGACACGAAUAUUCACGCAACUGACUCAAAUCAACUCGCCAUGGCCCGCCAAGGUCCAGCGCAGACUCGAGCGGGGGCGCUUGGCAACCGCGGCGGAAACAGCGCGGGUCAGCCAAUUGACCUGACUGGUUUGCUCCUAUUGCAAGGUUGCCAUUUAAGUUUUCGUGAAAAGUUCGACUCUCGGCCUGAAGCCCCGAGAUGCAGGUGCGGUGAGGCCCAUGUGAUAGGUGUUUCACAACUUCGUGAAACAACCUCGAUGACAGCUACACUUGCAGAGAAGAUCUCCAGGGACCCAAUCCCACCAAAAGAAGGGUUCCUCAUGCAAUGCCAACACACUGAAGCAAACCAGAACACGAGCUGCAAGUAUAGCCCAGAUAGCAACAGAACCCCACAAAGCCUUGGCUUUCAUGAUGCCCAGUUCGUGAAGACUGGUUUGGGGCCGGGGUGCCAAGAUGAGCCGUGUGACCAACUGAUUUUGUCCACAGUCAAACAGAGACAGUUUUCUCAAUUGUGCUGAGUUCUUCUGUGCUCUUGAGAGUCCGUCACGAGGAGCUUCGCGACCCGGCCAACGGGGAUUGCCGGCGGAGAUAUCGCGGAUUGCUGUCACACUCGCGCCACGUUCUGAGGUCGGGUGAUUGUGCCUGGGGAAUGUUUGAUGA